CAAAAAAAAAAAGGGAGGCCAAUUUUUCCCUCACUUUCCACCUCCAUUUCUUUCUUUCUCUUUCCUUCUUCUUCUGUUCUGUUUCAGCUGAAGGGGAAAUGAAGGAAAGGAAACAGAGCAUUAGAGAAAGAGAGAGAGAGAGAGAGCGAGACUGAGAGAGCUCAGGGGAAAAGGAAGGUUUCGGAACCGGCUUAACAGGAAGGGGCAGAGGACGAGAAAAAGAGAGAGACAGAGAGCACGGGAGAGAUAGGGUGUUGCUAUUAGUGUGAUGGAGGCCAAUUGGUUUCACUCAAAUUGGAUUAUCUGCAUGUGUGUCAGGAAGUCGUGUGGGAAAGACAACUGAGUUGCAGGAUGAUUCUUGGAUCGGUUUAGGGAGAUAAGCUAGGAGCUAGAUUAGCUGCACAGGAGAACUCCUUCAAUAUCGGGGAUCAGCUCGGAGGACUAGUUUGUGCAACCAGUUUGAAGCUACAGAGGGACCAUAGCCAUGGAGAUUAAGGUAGAAAUCAUCUCUAAAGAAAUUAUUCGACCAUUCGCUCCCACACCGGACCACCUCAAAACCUUCAGGUUCUCGACAUUCGACCAGUUCUCACCUGCGGUCUACAUUCCUCUUGUGCUCUUCUACACUGGCACUGGCACCGGGUUAGAUGUCGUGGUAUCCCACCGGCUGAAGACGUCGCUUUCCAAUACCCUGACUCACUUCUACCCGUUUGCCGGUAGAAUCAGGGACAACAUAUGCAUCGAUUGCAAUGACAAUGGAGUAGAGUUCUUGGAAGCCCGAGUUUGCGCUGGCACUAGCCUUGCAGACGUCCUUGCCCGGCCUGAGCCGGAUGUUCUGUUACGGUUCCUUCCUGCAAGGAUUAUGUCCUUGGAAGCGUAUACCGGCAGCCUCCUGCAAGUCCAGGUGAGCUUGUUUGAGUGCGGAGGCUUGGUCAUCGGAAUCUCUGCGUCCCACAAGCUGGCUGAUGCUGCCACUCUGAGCACGUUGAUUAAGAGCUGGGCCCAUUCAGCCCGUGAUGGACCUACAGAGGUAGCACCUCCAGAUCUGACCGCUGCUUCUGUUUUUCCUCCGACCAAGAUGUUGACUACAGCUCAGCCUAGCGAAGCGUUGAAACUAAAGCUUAGGACAAGGAGGUACCUAUUUGAUGCCAAGAAGAUCGCUGCUCUGAAGGUGAAAUCUGCCAGUGAAGUCGUUCCUCGGCCAACAAGGGUCGAAGCCGUGUGCGCUCUGCUAUGGAAAUGCAAGAUUAAAGCGUUGGAGUCGAAUGCAGGACCAUGGAAACCCUCUGUUCUGGCACAAACCGUGAAUCUUCGCAAGCGGCUCGAUCCUGCAAUGCCGGAAGAUUCUGUUGGGAACCUUAUUGGGUUCUACACGGCAAGAGUGGAUAGGACAUCAGACGAGGCAAACCUGCCUAGCUUGGUAGCUAAAAUGAGGAAGAGCAUGGAUGAGUACGUCCGUGACUACGCGCGGAAGCUUCGCGGGCCUGACGGUUUCUCGAUGAUCUGGACAGCUACUAUGACGGGAGGGGAGUUGAUGAAGGAAGACGGGUUCACCUUAUCUGUAUUCACGAGUUGGUGUAGGCUUGGACUGUACGAAGCUGAUUUUGGGUGCGGAAAGCCCGACUGGAUGAGUAGCUGUAGUUCGGAUUUCAAGAACACGUCGGUGCUGACGGAUACCAAGGACGGGGAAGGGAUAGAGGCAUGGGUUACCCUACGAGAAGAGGACAUGGAAUUAUUCGAACAAGACCAGGAGCUUCUUUCAUUUGCCUCUCUAAACCCGCGCAUACUUGCUGGCUGCAAUUUACGAUAAUAGCGUGAAGCUCAUCAAAUUGUGUUGUUCUGGGAAUAAACUUUUACUCAUCGAAUCGUGGUGUUCUGCGAAUUUUACGAUAAUAGUAUAUGUUAGUUUUAACUUAAAAUUAAAUGUUUAAAGAAAUAAGUGUUUAUUCAUUAAGUUGAUUUUGGUUGAUGAGUAAAGUGCUAAAAAUUCGAAAU